AUGAAGACGGUCGUACAGUUGGAAGACACACACUACAACACAGUUAGUGUGGAUGAGAAUAACCACGAGAAAUCACUACAAACGCGACUGCUGGAUACACUGACGUCAUUCGCAGAUGCUUGGCUGUCCAUAAUCCCUAUCGGGUCUAUAUUGGUUGCAUUUUGGUGGGGUACCUGGCUGACCAUGGGAGUUGUACUUCCACCUAACGAGAAACUCAGCAGUUGGCUGUCAUUGUCAAUCGGAUUCGGCAUUCUCCUUCUGGUUACUCCGAUGCAGCGGUUGAUCGCUACAAAAGUCACCGAGAGAACGAUGUUAUGGUACAUCAUCCCCCGUGUAUAUCUCUAUGUCUUCUCUGUGGCUACGGUGAAUUUAUGGAGAGGUACCUGGGGUGUCAUUAUCUCCCAUGUCGGGGACUCCUUCUCAGGAUAUAUUGUCGUGGUAGCAGUAUCAUACAUAACAUUAUGCCUCUUCCGCUUAAGUUACACUCUCGUUACGGCGCCACUGGUCAUGGACUUGGACUUGGAAAUAAAUUAUUAUUGUAUAAAACCCCGUUUCGGUGACGUGAAAGACUUCUUCCCCUGGGUACUGGGACUUGUUGUUACGUUUGGCUUACACGCUUUCGUGGCAUCCUCGUGGUUAGGCGUGUGGACAGUACUUGAUUUCUGUUUGUUCCCGGGCGACAAAUUAACAUCGGCUUACACUUCGUUGUGCUUAGCAGGCGGGUUAUGCAUGGUGACGUUGAUACUCGGCCAUCCACUGACGUUACUGUCUCAUCGAAUCGAGAACUUCGUGGCAAGGCUGGUAAUAGAAGACGUCUGGAACAUAAUCCGUCAUAUUACAGUUGUCCUGCUUUGGCGAGGGUUCUGGUUACUGUAUGAUCUAUAUAUAUUCCCCGACUAUCCUGCGAUUGGAUUUGUUUUAUUUCACUGUACCUCUGCCAUAUUCAUGACACACAUGAUGUGUGGAUUUCUUCUCGCUGCUGCCAGUUUAAAUUGUUAUAGAUUAGAUGGGGAUCCUCACCAACGAGAUAUAUACCAGAUGCCUGCAUACAUUAAACCAUUGGUGAGUACCACCCCUUUCUCGAGGAAUAAAUCGGAAGUCGGGAGUGAUAUAAUAUCCCCAAUUCAGUACGUAAUUGGUACGAAAUGCGUAUAUUUUUUGUCAGAUCUCAAAGCAGGAAAAAUCCGUUUUAUAGCAGAUUGA